CUCGCCAUGGCUUCCUUUGGCGAACCACCGCCCGAGUCCGGCGCCGACCUCCGCAACGAGGUCAAGAAGCCCAAGAAGAAGAAGGUGCUCCUCAUGGGCAAGUCUGGCUCGGGCAAGUCGAGCAUGCGCAGCAUCAUCUUUAGCAACUACAUUGCGCGCGACACCCGAAGAUUAGGCGCCACCAUCGACAUCGACCUCUCGCACGUCAAGUUCCUCGGCAACCUCACGCUCAACCUCUGGGACUGCGGCGGCCAGGAGGCCUUUAUGGAAAACUACCUCUCGCAGCAGCGCGUCCACGUCUUCUCCAACGUCGGCGUCCUCAUCUACGUCUUCGACAUCGAGUCGCGCGACGUCGACCGCGACCUGGCCACGUACGUGUCCAUCCUCUCCGCCCUGCUGCAGUACUCGCCCGCGGCCAAGAUCUACAUCCUCGUCCACAAAAUGGACCUCGUCGUGCCCAGCGCCCGCGAGACCGUCUACGACGACCGCGUCCGCCUCGUGCGCCAGAAGACGGCCGAGUACGCCCACUCGGUCGGCGUCGACAGCAACGCCGUCGACCUCCUCGUCCCCUUCGCCACCUCCAUCUGGGACCAGAGCCUCUACAAGGCCUGGGCCUCCAUCAUCCACGACCUCGUCCCCAACCUCGCCGUCAUCGAGCGCAACCUCGCCAACCUCGGCGUCGCCAUCGAGGCCGAGGAGCUCAUCCUCUUCGAGCGCACCUCCUUCCUCGCCGUCUCCUCCUGGACAUCCCCCGAGGGCGCCCGCAACCCCACCGAGGACCGCCUCGAGCGCAUGUCCAACAUCAUGAAGCACUUCAAGCAGAGCAUCUCCCGCUUCACCGGCACCCCCCGCAACGCCGAGCAGUUCAUCCGCAUGGAGCACAAGGCCGGCAUGCGCUUCAGCCUCUUCAUCCUCAAGUUCACCACAAACACCUACCUCAUGGUCGUCCUGCCCCCGGGCGAGGCCCGCUUCAACGCCGCCAUGCUCAACUGCCAGAUUGCCAUUGAGCACUUCAAGUUCCUCGACACGCCUGCGCCUGGCUCCGCCGCCGCGCCAGUCCCCGCGUCGCUGGCACAAGCUGCGUGAA